GAUUUCUAGUCUAUUUGAAAAGAUUCACACUCGCUGUGAUCAUUGCAUUUUCCCGAAUCCAUUUACAUAUAUAUCAUAAGAUUUACAUUCCUUCAUCUCACAUACCUCAAUCAUGCUUUCAGCAACAUCCGGAAUACAAACCCUCACCUGUCUUCGGAUCAACUGUGCAUCGUGCAUACAUCUUGUCGGUCGGGGGAUAUUGAAGCCAAUCAUGUCAAGCUCCAUUGCUAUCUUUAGAAAGAUAUCAUCACAGCUAGCACAAUGCUCAAAAUGAAGAUUUUCACCCCCUCUACCCUCUCUACUUCAUUGUCCGCAGCGAACCAAGUGAUUCGCGUCGAUAAGACAAUAGACAGCUCCCAUCUAUGUAAGUCUCGACCGAUGGCAGUAUCCCAGCAGUGUAUUAUCUCUGGAAAACCCAAUCGUAAGCAGAUUCCAGCAUGAGAAUGAGGAAGGUCGCGACGGUGAUGCCCUUGGAAAGCGAGCAUUUCAUGCAGCCCUGUCUUUCUGAUGAUGGAGUUUGGGAUGGGAUUGGACGAGAUGGUAACAUCAAGACGUCACGAUCUUAGAUGCCUCGCAAUAAAGACCAUCGAGUGGUGGCUUCAUGCCUCGGUUCGUCUUUGAAAGCAAGCAUUGUAGCUUUUAUCCAUUACUCAAUUGAAAUUCUUAUCGGUAUCGAUAUCUUUGAAUUCGAUAUUCAUACUUUCAAAGAUAGUUCCGCUGGCUGGUUCUGUGGUUCCAGGGGUUUCUUAUCGGUCCCAAAAGCUGUGACCAUUAGCAAGCAUGCUCCCCCGGAUUCCUUAUCUCAACAUCCCGAACUCCCUCUCAUCAUGGCUUGCAUGUUACUGCGUGGCUUGUAUUGCCCCCGUCGCGUAGGACAUCAAUGGUACUAAGUAUGCAAGAUUGAGGUCUUCAUGCUGCAUGGCAAGGCUCAAUGAUGGGAUGAACUCGUGGACAGAAGUCUUUGAGUUCAUGGGCUUGGAUUUUCUUAUCUCGGGCUUUGAGGGAAGGAGCUCGGGACCUAAUUUAAAAGAAUUUCACACCCCAUUUUUUAGGACCUCAGGGACUUACUUUCACAACAAUUCUGCAACACUUUAUUCAAAAUUGGAUUAUAGUCACUAGAGCUAUCAGCAUAAUUGCAAGGCUUUGAUAACGUCUUGAGUGGCUGCUUUUCCCCAUGUCUGAAGAAGCAGGCAAGUAUCCUGAAAAGGGGGAACGUGAUGGCAGCAACACCUCAUCCAUAUCACGAUCUGAACAGAUUGCAAAAGCGGCCGAAAUGCUGGGCGUGGAGAAAGGUGAGACAAUAUCGGCCGAUGACGAGUUAUUGGCAUCUCUGGGAUAUAGAGCCGAGCUGAAACGCGAAUUCUCGUACACCACCGUCUUCGGACAAAGUUUUGGAUCUAUGGGAAUUGCUCCAGCAAUUGCCGAGAGUAUGGUUUUCAGUUUAGGCAGUGCUGGGAGUGUGGGGAUGGUAUGGACAUAUCUGGUGGGAUGUCUCUUGCUUAUCCCGGUGGCAUUGAGUCUGGGGGAGUUAGGGAGCAGCAUGCCUACUUCUGGAGGAUUGUAUUAUUGGGUUGCACGUCUCACGCCACCACGGCAGAGGGCUUUCAUGUGCUGGCUUGCAGGUUAUAUGAACGUCUUAGGGUACAUUUCGAUAUACGCAUCGACAAUCUAUGCAGCGACCCUUAUUCUCGGCGCGAUCUGUAGUAUCAAUACAGAUUCCGUGUUUGUCGCCACAAAAUAUCAAAAUUACGGCAUGUUCGCAGCAACCACCUUAUUGACCUUUGCGAUGACUUGCGUGCCGUCACAAACUCUCUCUCGUCUUAACAUGUUUUACAUAUUCCUGCAAUUUGCUAUGCUUUUUGCUCUUAUUGUUGCUCUCGCCGCUGGAACACCCUCGGAACUCAAGAAUUCCGCAAGUUUUGUCUUCGUAGAUUUCCAAAACACCGGGUUCUGGACAAAUAAUGGUUGGGCCUUUAUGCUCUCCUUUCUUACACCAGUAUGGGUUGUUUCCGGAUUUGAAAGCGCAGCGACCAUAGCGGAAGAGGCUAGUAAUGCUGCCAAAGCAGUGCCAUUCGCAAUGGUCUCUUCAUUGGUGACGGCUACAGUGACGGGUUGGGCAGUUAUCAUAACUAUUGCAUUCUGUAUGGGAACAGAUGUGAUAGGUAUAGUGACAUCACCAUUAGGACAGCCUCUGGCACAGAUUGCAUUCAAUAGUUUGGGUAAAAGUGGGAGUGUUGCCUUGCUAGUUUUCCUAUGGAUCUCGAGUGUGGCCAAUUGUUCGAUUUUGAUGGUUGCGGCUUCUAGAGAAACCUUUGCUUUCGCUAGAGACCACGGCCUCCCAUUUUCAUCCUACCUUCGUGUCCUCUCGUCCAACAAGACCCCUAUCCGCGCCAUCUCCUUCGUCGCCCUUUGCACACUUACCGAAGGUCUUCUCAUGCUCGUCAACACUAUCGCCAUAAACAGCAUCUUCAACCUUGCAAUCAUGGGUCUCUACUUCGCUUACUGUAUGCCUCUCGUUUCCCGUCUCCUUUUUCGCAAUUUCACACCCGGAGUUUGGUAUAUGGGCGACAAGAUAAGUUAUAUCAGUGCAGUUUAUUCAGUAGUUUGGAUGACCUUCAUCUUUGUAUUGUUAUUGUUCCCGAGUUAUGAGGAUCCGAAUGCGGAUGAAAUGAAUUAUGCGGUUGUGGUUUUGGGAUUUGUAUUGGUUUUUUGUACGGCGUAUUAUUGGUGUCCGAAGUAUGGGGGAAAGACGUUUUUCAAGGGGCCAGUUAGGACAAUUGACGAGAUUUUGGAGGAGAGAGGUGAUGUUAGAGAGAGAGUGGCGGCUGAGAUUGGAGGGCAUGAGACAUAGUAUGAGGAUGGGAGUGGUAGUUAGAAUCGGGCGGUUUUCAUUCUUUAGCGUCGGCGUAGUGAUAGAAAAAUUGCUUGUUUCUUGGUAAAACUUUAUAAAUGAAGAUUGUUCUGGUUUAUCAUCUGGUUAUUUGACACACAAUCAGUUUGCAUGGAGAAUAAUAGUCA